AUGGCUAAAGCAGAGCUCCCUGGCUUUCCGCUACCAUUAGAUUUCUAUGAUUACUCCUAUAGAGCAACAGACCGUUUCCCGCAUGUUUUGCAAUCAACAGACAUAGGUGAUGAAUAUGUUAGGAAACUGUGUACAUAUCGAGAAAUCCUUAUCAUGAGAGUCAUAAACUCCAUUACUGAUAAGCCGGACUGGGACCUGGAGGUGGGGGAGCACAAAUUCAUGGCUGCUACUCGUAAUUUAGCUACGGGAGGACUGACAAUUGUCUUUCAGGUAUUCGACGAGGCAACUACCGCCAAAUGGCGCAGAGAGAUCGCUGCCAGUGAUAAGGACAUUACCCCUAACAUGAUGAAUUGGAUCAUGGAUGAGGUGAAGUGGAAAGCGGGAACGUAUUCCGCCACUGGCCAUGUUGUUGUGUUCGACUCUGGAGUCGUCAAGUCUGAUACUGCAAUCUCGGGGGAACUACAAAACGCAUUGAAGGAGGGUGUGCGAAUACUCGAAGAUAGUCUUACAGAAAAGGAUUAUCAUCCAGGCUCCGAUGACAAGAUUGCGGACCUUGUAGAUCCAUUUCUUUUCCCGGUCGUCUUUGACCGAACAAGAGCUAUCUCUGAUUAUUUGAUUAAGCUUGAAAGGUUCCUUGACAGCAUCGGGCACGGAACGGUUCUUUCUGAUGCUCACGAACAUCCUUGGUUUAGCAAUCGCAAACAGUAUAGCUGGGAGUUUCAGUGGCUGCCUUGCGACGUGGAUCUCGACAAUGGUUUAUGCGCCAUAGUAUCUUAUAUCAACAAUCUUCACCCUCGGCAGAAUGCGCGCCUUUAUCGUGUCAUUGAAAAGAUCAUCGCACAGGCUAUCCCGCUCUGGAAUAAAACAUUAAGUUGCACGAAACGCGGCUAUUGGCGGAUUGGAUGUCCUAGGGCAGUGGAAUAUGGGUACUCUGACUCUGAUUACGACUCGUCAGAGGACGACCCGUCACGGCCAGUUACAGUUCUUAAAGUUCCCCAGCUAGGGAAUUUUUUCCCACCCUGGUUUGGGAGUUCUGAAGUUGUUAACCUACAUAAGUUCCAAAAGACUGGCCUGCAGAUAAUAGUGAAGCUUGCCAACAUCGAGUUGACGCCUGAGAAACCUGAAUACCACGGAGGGUCAUGGUAUGUGCAAGGGCAACUAUAUAUGCAGAAUGAGCACAUCUGCGCAUCGGCGAUCUACUAUUAUGACAGCGAUAAUAUCACCGAGAGCACUCUUGCUUUCCGUCAACGUGCAUUUACAGAUUUCGCUAUAUGGGACUACAAGGAAGAAACCUAUCAGAUAUUACAACAGAUCUACGGCUAUCCGGUAGGCAAUUACGGGAGCGAAUCAAUGAAUGUCACUCAAGAGCUUGGUAGCGUGGUCACAAAGAAAGGGCGUCUUCUUACAUUCGCAAACAUUUUGCAGCAUCGUGAAUCCCCUUUCUCAUUGGAAGACCGCUCCAGACCUGGUCAUCGCAAAAUCCUGGCGUUACUUUUGGUUGAUCCUCACCUGCGGAUUAUCUCGUCUUCGAACGUGCCACCACAACGAGAGGAUUGGGCCAUGGAGAGGGAAAUGACCAUUCAGCAGGCUCUCCGAUCCCUACCACAAGAGCUUAAGGAUAUGGUUUACGCAUAUUUGGAUUCUGCGUACAUGACUAUGGAGGAGGCGAAGGGAUUCAGAUUGAGACUUAUCGAGGAGAGGAGGUCUGCCGCGGUAACUCAAAAUGCAAACUUCGAGACUAUUACCUUGCCUCGUCCAGAGUUGUAUUAG